AUGGAUUUCGCGAGCCUAAAGGAGCAGGUCAGCAACCUGACCUUGUACGAUAUCAAGGCGGGUGUCCGCAAGGUCCAAAAUGCUGUCAUGAACUACACGGAGAUGGAGGCGAAGGUCAGGGAAGCUACAAAUAAUGAGCCUUGGGGAGCGUCAUCGACUCUAAUGCAGGAAAUCGCGAACGGAACGCACAACUAUCAAUUGCUGAACGAGAUUAUGCCUAUGAUCUACAGGAGAUUUACGGAGAAGUCAGCGGAAGAAUGGAGACAAAUAUACAAGGCCCUUCAACUCCUUGAAUUCCUGAUCAAGAACGGUUCUGAACGAGUCGUUGAUGAUGCCCGAGCCCACAUUUCUCUCUUGCGGAUGCUCCGCCAAUUCCACUAUAUCGACCACAAUGGCAAGGACCAGGGUAUCAACGUGCGCAAUCGGUCGCAGGAGCUGGUCAAACUGCUGAGCGACGUCGAUCUCAUCCGUGCAGAGAGAAAGAAGGCUCGAGCCAACCGGAACAAGUUCGGUGGUAUCGAGGGCGGCAUGGGCUUUGGCGGCGGCCUCUCCGGCUCCCGCGGCAGAUACGGAGGCUUCGGCAGUGAAAGUUUCGGAGGAUACAGUGGAGGUGUCUACGGUGACGGUGGAGGCUUUGGCGGCAAUACCAACGAUUUCGGGGAUACCGGCAGGCGAAGCAGCCGUUUCGAGGAAUACGAUGAAGAUGAGGAGGACUCCGGUCGGCGGCGAGCAGCCAGCCCAAGCAGGGCCAAGAAGGAGACGAAGGCUCCUGAGCCACCAAAACCGGCGGAAGAAGAUCUCGUUGACUUUGGUGACGACGAGGUCUCUGCCCCAACUUCUUCCACGGCCGCAGGGAAACAGCCCGCUGCUGGUAACGGAUUGGAUAUACUUCAAUCAGGUAACGCAGACGACGAUGAGUUCGACGACUUCCAGUCGGCUGCUCCCCCUGCGUCCACCCAGCCUGCGCCAUCCACCCAGUUCGCAUCUAUCCCUCCUCCUACAUCGACGGCUACAACGACAUCGAGCACUCAGUUCGCUGCUCCAAAGCCCGUUUCUGCAGCUCAGGGUGCAAACUUGAGCGGCCUUGCCAGCUUGACCUCUGCCACACCGACUCCGAGCACGAGCUCGUUUAUGUCCCCGAUAUCCCCUCCUGCGUCUACUUCUUCUUUCGCUCAACCACAGCAGCAACAGCAGCAACAACAACCGCCGAAGCCAACAGGGUAUCAAGCAGCGACCCCGAACUAUUACACCUCCGUCUCCGCCACCCCCAGUCAGCAGCCUCUUUCAUCCGCGAACACGCGACCCGGCCUGCAAUCCACUUCUUCAUUCUCCUCGACGACCUCAUCGUCCGCAGGCAGCAAGCCUGCCGCAUCGAAGUCUGGUGAAGACGUGUUUGGAUCGCUCUGGUCCGCCGCCAGCGCCAGCGCAGGUAUCCAGAAGACGACCAACACGAACAAGGGACCAAACCUGGCCAGCAUGGCCAAGGAAAAGUCCAGCGCCAGCAUAUGGGGCGCUCCUGCAGCCUCCAGCACUACCACAACCACAACCACAACAACUUCCACACCCUCGCCAUCCGUGUCGUCAACUUCAGGAUUUGCUCAGUCACAGUCGCAGCAGCAGAAGCCCAGCAGCGCUGCUGGUGGUUCCUCUGCACUGAAUGACCUGCUGGGUUAG